CUCAUGGCCCACUCCUGUCUCGAGUCAAUUGAAUCUCUAAAAGAGUGAAAAGAAAAUAAUCGGUUGACUUCCUUAUCUUGUCUGUUUCUCUCUCAUCUCAUCAUGGCUCCCUCGAUUGAUAACGACUUUGCUGCCCCUGCUGGUAUCCAGACGUUGCCUUCCUCGGCUUGUAAGAUCGGAAUCAAUGGAUUCGGUCGUAUAGGCCGUAAUGUCCUGCGUGCUGCUCUUGUCAGAUCAGACGUCGAAAUCGUCGCCAUCAACCACACGUGCACCUCCGUCGAGGACCUGAUCUAUCUUAUCCGAUAUGAUUCUUCUAUGGGCAAGCUGCACGAUGAGGUCAACAUCCGCGCUCUCUCAGACAACCUCAUCAACAUCAAUGGCCGGCAGAUCGCGCUGACCUCGGAGCGGGACCUUCAAAAGCUCAACUGGAGCAGCCUGGGAGUUGACUAUGUCGUCGAAUGUACCGGAAAGUUCACCAAGAAGGGCUUGGCCAUGGACCACGUCACCUAUGGUCAGGCCAAACGCGUCGUUAUCUCGGCUCCUAGCUCGGACUCGCCCACCUUUGUGUAUGGCGUCAACUCGAACGACUAUCGUGCCGACGACGACCACCUGGUGAUCUCGUGUGCAAGCUGCACCACCAACUGCGUGACUCCGGUUUUGAAGGUUCUGCAGGAAAGCUUCGGUAUUACCCAGGGAUUCCUGACAACGGUGCAUGCCGCUACACGCUCGCAGCAGGUUCUGGACGGGUACAGCAAGAAGAGUCGCAGACUGGGCCGCAGCGUCUUUGACAAUAUCAUUCCUACCAGCACUGGGGCUGCAAAGGCCAUUGCUGCCGUUCUCCCCGAACUGAAAGGAAAGGUCACUGGUGUUUCAAUCCGGGUCCCGACUCCCAAUGUCUCCAUGAUCGAUUUGACGAUCAGCACCGAGAAGCCCACCUCGCUGGCCGAGAUCACCGCCGCUUUCCGUCGAGCCAGCAAGCUCACCCUCUCUGGAGUACUGAGCGUCACCGACGAAGAGCUCGUCAGCAGUGACUACAACGGCAAUCCCCACAGCGCAAUUAUUGAUGUCCCUGCCUGUGCAGAACUGAAUCCUCAGUUCUUCAAGAUCAUGGCAUGGUACGAUAACGAAUGGGGGUAUUCUAACCGCCUGUUGGAUCUGACUGCCUUUGUUGCCAAGCAGGAGGCAGCGUAAGCCGCUUGCUAAGCUUUUGCGAUGGAUAUGAUGUUGAUAAUGUUUGCUGGCUGGCCACUGCUCUUUUCUUAAUACCCUUUUUAUCAUAGAAUCCAUACAAAUAGAACUUAUUAGAUUGAGAAUGUCUUUCC